AUGGUAUUCUUGACCAGGCUCAAACGAGCCUGCUCGUCCCGGCAGGAGCUCAAACAGUUCAUUCAAACCAAAGAACAUCCUGAAGGAGGAACGGCCUACUUUAACGAAGACUUGCUUCCGACUCCUCUAGAGCACCGAAAGUGGACAGCUUUACACUUCUUCACGUACUACUUGACUCAGACAUUUUCUCCUGGCUCUUAUAACCUCGGAGCGACCCUCAUCUCAAUCGGCUUGCAAUGGUGGCACGGCAUGAUUGCAGCUGUGAUCGGCUCCGCGAUCCUCAGCGUUGUCGUCAUCCUCAACUCCCGCGGUGCAACUCGCUAUCAUGUCGGGUUUCCCGUCUAUGUGCGCGCUGCUGCUGGUGUUAGUGGUGCAAAACUCUUCAUCGUCGUGCGCGCCUCCGUUGCCGUCAUCUACUUCGCAACUCAGUCAUUUUACGGCGGCAUGCUCACCUCAGUAGCCCUCCGAGCUAUAUUCGGCGCCGGAUGGGACAAUAUCCCCAAUCGAUUACCGACUAGUGCGGGCAUCACUUCCAAGAACCUGUUGGCUUUCUUCAUUUUCUGGAUUGUCCAGUUCCCAGUCAUGUUCAUCCACCCGACCAUCCUCCGACAUCUCUUCGUGGUGAAGUCGGUGGCAACAACUGCAGGCCUGGUCGGCGUCUUGGGAUGGGCAGUGCAUGCAAACGGGGGUAGUCUAGGAGGCUUCAACUUUGGGGCAAAGUCCCUCAGCGGAGCGGCGCUUGUGUGGCCCAUGAUCCAAGCCAUCAACAGCGUCAUGGCUGCGCUAUGCCCGAUUCUCGUCAACCAGCCGGAUGUUGCUCGGUACGCCACACGUCCAGCACAGGCAACUUGGUCGCAGGCCAUCGGUAUCCUGGUUAGCAAGGUGCUCGUCAUGUUCCUGAGUUGUGCCACAACCAGUGCGGCCGCGGGCGUUCUCGGCAAGAGCUAUUGGAACGUGUGGGAUCUUUACAACGCCAUUUUGACAGAGUACUGGGGUCCCGGGGCGCGUGCUGGAAUGUUCUUUGCUUCUGUGGGCAUGAUACUCGCAAUCAUUGCGACCAAUGCUGGGUCAAACUCUCUGCCCGUUGGUGCCGAUACCAGCGGACUUUGGCCAAGAUACAUCAAUAUCGUGAGAGGCCAGGUGAUAUGUGCCCUACUUGCGCCUCUGUGUGUGCCUUGGAAGAUUAUCGCCAGCGCCAGCUCGUUCCUCACUUUCCUGGGGUCCUAUACCGUGUUCUUGAUGCCAACUUGCGGGAUCAUGAUCGUGGAUUACUGGAUCAUUCGCCGAGGUAAUCUCCAUGUUCCUAGUCUGUACACGAAAGUGGAAGGCGCUCCGUAUACAUACUACAAAGGUUGGAAUGUGCGCGCGGUGGCCGCUUGGAUUGCCGGUGUUGCGUUCACUGUACACGGCAUUGCUGGGAGUUUGGACCCGGAUUCCGUCAAUCAGGCAAGCAAGAACAUGUAUAAGCUUGGAUUUCUGCUUUCUCUUGCCAUGGGCUCGUUAGUCUACUACGUGGCCUGUGUCAUCUGGCCCAUACCUGUCUACCCGCGGGGAAUGGAGUCACAGGCAACGACGACCUUCGAGAGCAUGGCGCCAUCAGAGGGAUUCUUCCCUGGUGAGAGCGUCGACACUAUUCGUGGUGUCUUUUACUCCGUUGAGGGUACUGAAGUCAAGCAGACGGAGGGGAAGAAUAUUGGUGCCGAGUCUGUGAGCGAGAAGUAUGCAGUUUGA